UACAAGAAGCGCUGCCAGGGCCGGAUGCGGAAGCAUGUGGGCGAUCUGUGUCUGCAGGCUGGCAUGCUGCAGGAUUCCCUGGUGCACUAUCACAUGGCAGUGGAGCUGCUGCGCUCCGUCAACGACUUCCUGUGGCUUGGAGCUGCCCUUGAGGGGCUGUGCUCAGCAUCUGUCAUCUAUCACUACCCAGGUGGCACUGGGGGUAAAGUUGGGUCUCGCAGGGCUCAAGGAGGUUCUCUUUCUGCUGAGGCAGGCAACAGGCACAGGCCAGGGGCACAAGAAGUUCUCAUUGAUCCAGGUGCUCUGACUUCCAACGGGAUCAAUGCUGAUACCAGUGCUGAGAUAGGACGUGCCAAGAACUGCCUGAGUCCUGAAGACAUCAUAGAAAAAUAUAAAGAAGCCAUUUCUUACUAUGGCAAGUACAAGAACGCUGGGGUGAUUGAACUGGAAGCUUGUGUGAAGGCUGUGAGAGUCCUGGCAAUGCAGAAGAGGAGCAUGGAAGCCUCUGAGUUCCUGCAAAAUGCAGUUUAUAUCAACCUUCGGCAGCUCUCAGAAGAGGAGAAGAUCCAGCGUUACAGCAUCCUGUCAGAGCUGUACGAGCGCAUCGGUUUCCACCGCAAAUCGGCGUUUUUCAAGCGCAUUGCGGCCAUGCAGUGCGCGGCGCCCAGCAUCCCCGAGCCCGGCUGGAGAGCCUGCUACAAACUGCUGCUGGAGACCCUUCCUGGCUACAGCCUCUCCCUGGACCCUCAGGACUUCAGCAAAGGAACUCACAGGGGAUGGGCUGCAGUGCAGAUGCGUCUGCUCCAUGAGCUGGUCUAUGCUUCCAGGAGGAUGGGCAAUCCUGCCCUGUGUGUCAGGCAUCUCUCCUUCCUGCUCCAGACCAUGCUGGAUUUCCUUUCUGACCAAGAAAAGAAAGAUGUCACACAGAGCUUGGAAAGCUACACAGCAAAAUGCCCUGGGACAAUGGAAGUCAUCACUCUUCCAGAUGGUUUGAAGCUACCUCCUGUUCCUUUCACCAAAUUGCCUAUUGUGAAAUCUGUGAAGCUCUUGAACCUCCCAACCAGUCUCCGACCUCACAAAAUGAAAAGUUUACUUGGUCAGAAUGUGUCAACCAAAAGCCCCUUCAUAUAUUCUCCAAUUAUUGCACACAGUCGUGGGGAAGAACGAAAUAAGAAAAUAGACUUCCAGUGGGUCCAGGGAGAUGUGUGUGAAGUUCAGUUGAUGGUGUACAACCCUAUGCCUUUUGAGCUCCGAGUAGAAAACAUGGGUCUCUUGACAACUGGAGUGGAAUUUGAAUCUCUCCCUGCUGCCCUUUCCCUCCCUGCAGAAUCUGGACUCUAUCCUGUGACUCUGGUUGGUGUUCCCCAAACAACAGGGCAGAUCACUGUCAAUGGUUAUCAUACUUCAGUUUUUGGAGUCUUCAGUGAUUGCCUUCUGGACAAUCUGCCAGGAGUGAAGACCAAUGGCUGCACUGUUGAAGUCAUUCCAGCUUUGCCAAGGCUGCAGAUCAGCACCUCCCUUCCAAGGUCUGCUCAUACACUUCAGCCUUCUUCAGGGGAUGAAAUCACCACUAAUGUGUCUGUCCAGCUGUACAAUGGAGAGACCCAGCAGCUCAUCAUUAAAUUAGAAAAUAUUGGAACAGAACCUUUGGAGAAACUGGAGGUGACAGCAAAAACAGUCAACAUCAAGGAGAAGCUGUAUGGAGAUUUCUUGAGUUGGAAUCUAGAAGACACCCUCUGCCAGUUUCCUCUAAAACCUGGAAAGAUCGCAACAUUUGUUGUGAACAUUAAAGUGAAGCUGGACUUUUCUUGCCAAGAAAACCUUCUGCAGGAUCUCAGUGAUGAUGGAAUCAGUGUCAGUGGACUCCCACUCUCCAGUCCUUUCAGGCAGGUUGUCAAACCAAGAGUGGAGACCAAGCCUCUGAAUCCCCAAGAAAGCAGCAAAGUUGGUGAUUUCAGUCACGUCAAGAUGCUGGAAGCCAUUUUGAACUUCAAGUACUCUGGUGGACCAGGGCAUGCUGAAGGAUACUACAGGAACCUUGCCCUGGGUCUCCACGUGGAGGUGGAGCCCUCUGUUUUCUUCACUCGCAUCAGUACCCUGCCAGCAACAAGCACCCGGCAGUGCCACCUCCUCCUUGAUGUCUUCAAUUCCACGGAGCAUGAGCUGACCAUCAGUGCCAGGAACAACGAGGAUUUAAUUCUGCAUGCCGGGGAGUGCCAGCGCAUGGCAAUCCAAGUGGACAAGUUCAAUUUUGAGAGCUUCCCAGAAUCCCCAACUGACGGGGCACAGUUGGCGAAUGCAAAGCAGCUGGAAGAAGAAAGGCAACAAGCAAGAGGCCUGGAGAUUAACAGCAAGCUGGAUAUUUGCUGGAAAAUUCCUUCCUUGAAGCGUGACGGGGAAGCAAGUGUGGAAGGGGUUCUGAAUCAGCUGGUCCUGGAGCAUCUGCAGUUGGCUCCUCUCCAAUGGGACAUCCUGGUUGAUGGCAAGGUCUGUGACUGCGACGUCGUGGUGACCUGCCAGGUGGGGGAUCCUGUCCCCUUGCAGGUGAAGUUGACCAACUGGAGCAAGCACAGCGUGGGGCCCUUUGCCCUGACCAUGAUGCCCUACCAGGAUUACCAGAAUGGGGUGCACAACUACGAGCUGCAGGAUGCCAUCACCUUCGUGGGGUCCAACACCUUCCACAUCGACACCGUAAAGCCAACCAAAGACUCUGUGUACUUUGGAGCACUUCUCUUCCUCUACACGGGCGAUUUCUACCUGAACAUCAAAUUCCAUGAAGACAACUGCAGCAGGGAUCUGCCUCUGUCCUGGCUCUGCCUUCCCAGUGUCCACAUCCGUGCCAUAGAGCCCGUGGCCCCAGCUAAGCUGUAAAGGCACUGUGUGCUACUUGACCACCCACAGCACACAGCAGUGCUUGGCACAUCCUCUGCUUGACCCCAGCUUGUUUCUGUCCAACCCCAGGACACAGUCUCUACUUUGGAGGAACAGCUGGACACUUUCUGGAUUGGCUGAUAGUCAUUUGGACAGCUGCUUUAGCUAAUUUCAGAGGGAGAGAGAGGAGAGAGAGAGAUUAUAACUACGAUGAAGUUUUCCUCUGUUUUCAGAAAGCCUUUGAAACUAUUUGCAUUAUACUUCAAUAUACUCCAUUGAUAUCAGUAGUUUGAAAGAGUCUUGAGGGCUGAAUUUUGGAAUGUGUUUGAAGGUCUUAAAUUCUGUUUAAAUAAUCCUGUUUGAUCAUUUUUCAGUGAGAUUUGUGUAUCUGUAUGAAAUUCCUCCUGGUUUAUGCUGGACCCAUGGCAUGUUCCCUUGGGAUAUAGAUCUCCAUUAGAUUUGUUCACUGGCUUGCUCUUGUUCAUUUGUUUGCUGAGAAUUUGGUGUCUUUGGUAGUAAAUGGCAGUAGUGGUGCUUUUUAGUGUGUACUGAAAGUAAGAACAGCCUCCAAGUUAUUCUCUCCCUCCUCUGAGCCCAGUGCCACUUGCUCCUGGUAAAGUCACUGCCUUUUGUUUGGCACAUCUAUGAACUAGAAAGGAGAGAGGGUGAGGAAGAGCAAAAGAGUUUUUGUCCUUGAGAGAAUAAAUAAGCCAACUUUUGGGCUGCCUAGGGCUUGGCUGUGAAUUUAGGCUUUCACAGUUCUGUUCUGCACAGUCACAGUCACUUGAAACGUUUGCAGACUCUUAAAGAUCCACCAGAAUUAAUCAGAUGAUCAUUAAUAUAACUUUUCAUGAGCUUUUGCAAACUCUUUUUACCAGAUUUUUCAUACUAAUAUACU